AGAAAAUAAGUUUAUUUUUGUAUUUAAGGUAUGUAAGUUAGACAUGCAUGUUAUAUCGAUAUAUUUGUCGUAAAAAUGCACCUUGGAUUUUAUAUAAACAAUUCUCUGGGAGAAGUGACUAAGACAUGUACAGAGGAUGAAAUUGCCAAGAUACUGCAGAUACAUUCUAUGAACAUUUCCAUUUAUUUUGUCAUGACAUUCUCAGCUGUGGCAGUUUUCUUGGGGAGCAAAAUAAUACUUAAUAAAAUCCGCAGGAAUAAUGCACAAUUGUCAGUUAUAAUUGUAGGAGCUGGACCUAUAGGUUUGACAUCAGCCCUUGUCGCCGUUCAUUGUAAACGAGUAAAGAAAUUGGUGCUAUAUGAAGAACAGAGUAAAUCUAAUGUUGAAAAGCGGACGUAUCAAAUUGCAUUACAAAGUGCUCAAGUGUCUUUUCUCCGGCGUUAUGGGGUAGAUUUUGAUAAUUUGGAAGGUUUAUGGCAUGAAGGGUGCUUUUAUACACGCGUUGGAAUUUACUUGGAAUAUAUUAUACACAUACUGCCGCUUUAUUCUAAAGAAAUCACGAUGCAUUUUGGAACUAAGUUUGCUCGUGAAAAAAGAGACGAUAUAGACAAUAUCCCAGGUCGUAAAUUGGUUAUAUGUUGUGAUGGGUCUACAGGUCUUGCUUCACAUACAUUAGGACUCAGUGAUGAAUGUGUCAUUCAUUCUAGUGGAAUAUUUGGAGCUGUGGCUGCAGUUGAAAGAAACAAUGAAACUUUAGUACCAAGACCAGAGAAGCGUAUUCACAAUCUUUCUUUUGACUUAUCUGCAUAUAUUUCUUCUGCAUUUGAGGAGAAUGGGAGUUCUAAAUUCACUUUAAAACUAUUUGGAAAUUCCAGGUGUAGAUAUAUGGCAUUAGCUGUAAAUAAAUGCGACUCUAAUAUUGUCAGGGCAUUGAAAACAGUAUUAGAUAAGUCAAUGAUGAGGAAUAUAUUUUUAAAAUGUUACAACAUAUAUAAACGAUCAGACGAGGCGAGUAUCAGUGACUCGUAUUGUCUUAACAACAUGAAGUUUAGUCCGAGAUUAUACGAGAUCAAGUUAUCACAAAGAAUGGAAAAUGUCGCUUAUAUAUCUGACUGUGAUCUCUUUAUAAUAACCGAGGGUGAAGCAUCCAUGUCAUAUAACUAUAACACAGGAAUGGACAUUAACCUUGGUGUGAAAGGGUUAUCUAGCCUGCAGCCGUUUAUAGAGAUGGUAACACUAGCCGAAACAGAAUAUUCCAUCAUGCAAGCUCUUGUUUUUAAAAUGGAACAUUCCGAAAAAAUAUGUAGGGAGUCUUUAAAAUAUGGUUUAAAGGAGUAUUUGUUAUUAUGACGUGUAAAACGUUACUUUAUUCACCAGUUUUCAUUUUUAUAUGGACUCAUACCAUAGCUUCCGUUCUAAAGUCAAUACAAUAUGAAAGUGUUGGCAAUUGUUUCUUGAGGUUUAGUUUUCCUAUCGAGAUAAAUAGCACCCAGUUAUUUACUUUCAAUCGUUAUUUUACAUUGUAUGUUUGCCCCUCCGUAUUUUGGAGAUCAAUCAGCGUAACUGGCAGUACGGAUCCGUAUCAAUUAACAAAAGGCAAUGAAGGCAGAAUAAUGUAAUGUCAAUAACCUACUCCCGAACAGUUUUUGAUAAAUAUUAAACAAACGUCAAGGAAAGGUUUA